AUGUCCCCCACCCCAGUAGGUGAAUCCCGACCACGCAGACAAGCACCACAGGAAGGUGACCGUCCACCUCCACCAACCGGAUGUCCCCCACCUCCCGAAGGUGAAUCUCGACCACGCAGACAAGCACCACAGGAGGGUGACCGUCCUCCUCCACCAACAGGAAGCUCUCCACCUCCAGAAGGUCAGUCUGGCCCACAAGGACAAGCACCAAAGGAAGGUGACCGUCCUCCACCUCCAGCUGGAUGUCCUCCACCUCCAGAAGGUCAGCCUGGCCCACAAGGACAAGUACCACAGGAAGGUGACCGCCCACCUCCACCACGACGAGGCCCUCCACCUCCCGAAGGUAAAGGACGAGAUGCCAGAGGUCCUGGAGGAAGAAGACCCCCUCCUCCAAGCAUGAACUAACUAAAUUAGU